AUGCCCACAUCACAACCACACUCGGGCACCAAUACGCCACAAUCUGACUACAGUCGUGGUUCAGAACGGCUCGAUGGGUACUCCAUUCACCCACCAACCGCUGGGUACUCGCCAAUCCCGACCGUUGGCGAUAAUUCAGUGCAACGCCGUAAGAGAAUCGUGGUAGCUAUGACAGGCGCGACUGGAGCUAUUCUAGGUAUCAAAAUACUUAUCGCUCUCCGCCGAUUAAAUAUCGAAAGCCACCUCGUUGUCAGUAAAUGGGCAGAAGCAACGAUCAAAUACGAGACGGAUUACAACCCCAAAAAUGUCCGGGCACUGGCCGAUCAUGUCCACAGUUUAAGCGAUAUGGCCGCCCCUAUAUCCAGCGGUUCAUUCAAAACAGAUGGCAUGAUCGUCGUCCCUUGUUCAAUGAAGACCCUUGCUGCCAUCAGCACAGGUUACUGUGACGACUUAAUCGCAAGAACGGCGGAUGUUAUGCUCAAAGAACGGAGAAAGUUAGUUUUGGUCACGAGAGAGACGCCUUUGAGCGAUAUUCACCUGCGAAAUAUGCUCUCAGUCACACAAAGCGGUGCAAUCAUCUUCCCUCCAGUGCCUGCAUAUUAUAUCAAGGCCUCAAGCAUAGAUGUGUUAGCAGAUCAGACUGUUGGUCGUAUAUUAGACCUCUUCGAUCUUGAUAUAGCUGAUUUUGAACGUUGGGAGGGCUGGAAGAAGACAACGUGA